AUGUCUGGAAAAGAAAGCAAAAGGUCGGGUAGGUCGGUAGUUAGGCACGACUACAAUAAGGUCAACUCUGAAGGAUUCGUCGGAAUCGAGGAACUGGAAGAUCCUGCCGAGUACCAAACUUCGCACGAAACGGGUGGAGAAGAUGUUUCCGAGAUGGUUUCUCACGUUUCAGCGUCCAGAACAAGUACAAGUGAGGAAACGCUAGCUUCGCUAGAAAGUGAGUACAAAUCACUGGUGAAAGAAGAGGAGGAGCUUCAAAGGGAAGCACAGAUAAGUAAACUGAAGAAAAAGAUUGCUCGGAAACAAAAGUCUGUAGCAGAAUUACGAGGUGAGCCUGUUAAAAAAGUUAAUGACAGUAAAAUAACAUUGCAAAAUUUAAGAAAGAAAAAGAAGCUACGCGCUAAAGCACAAAAAGAAUUAAAAUCCUAUGGGCUGGCUUCAGAAUCGGAAACAGAUUCCGAUUUAGAGUCCAGUUCUGAUUCUACCGAGUCUGGAAAUAAUUUAAAAACAUCUAAGUCAGCAGAGGAUGAAAACAGUAAAAAGAAAAAUUCAAAAACAGUUGAUACGGAUAGUGGAUCAGAUUCAGAAAGUAGUUCAGAUUCAGACAGUUCAGUUUCUCAUAAAAAGAAAAGUAGAAAAUAUAAGAAAAAAUCUGGAAUUUCUGCAAAAUCUUCUGACCAUGUAAAAUUCAGACAAAAAUACCCACAGGCAUACUUACGUUAUGAGCAUGUCUCUGCAAAAGUCAGUUUCGAUUCUCUAGAAUUCAAUUUUAUUUGUGGCUGGGGAAUUGGAAAUCAUUUCUCAGUCUACAACCAAAAAGAAGGAAAAAGAAGCAAGAUUAGAACUUUUGAAACGUUUAAUGUAUUUAAGCAGCUCAUACGAUUUUCAAACUAUUAA